UUACCUUGAUCCGUCUCAACCAGUGAGGAUACAGUACAUAGAAUUCCACAGGGUCUUUCAUUCGACAACCACCUCUCCAGGGUAACCUUUGGAAUUUGAACAGCCACUCCGGGCCGGCCCAUCAACGCGUGCCACGGCAACAGAGAGGUGGCACUAUUAUUCAUAUCAACGACCUAUCCAGUUGCAGGAGCAACUCUUUUCCACGACCAUCAUGACUGAUAUCAUGGCCCGACCAGGCGUUGGGUUAUCCGCUCCUUCAUCGCGACAAGACGUGAUCAGUGCCCUGUUGAACGACUAUGGCACAUCCUUCGGCCGCGAAGACGCAUCGUCCUUCGAUUACCCCCUCAGUCCAGAGUACAAGGAGCUUCCUCCUCCCCCGACCAGCGAUGAGAAACCACUACCUCCGAUCAUGAUGAAGUUCCAGCUUCGCGUUGACGAUAACGUAGCCCCUGGCUCGCCCUCUUCAGAUGGAUCGUCGUCACCAGACCAGCCGAAAAGGAUUGUUUCCCGGAUGAUGUCGCGCAAUUCGAAGCCGCCGUCUCUCACACUCCACAAGAGCAAUGGAUCAACAGCCUAUUUACCAGACGAUGUCGCGCCUCCCAGGCCAGCGAAGGACGACGUUUUUACUUCAACACCCAGUGGAGAUCGACCGCUGCCGCCUCCUCCACCGCCGAAAUCUGAACGACGGAGAUCAUCGCUCAAGCAGGCGUCGAGGCCGGAACGACGCGAUUCGAAAGAGCCGGAGCUUGUUGUUCAGGGACCGCUACGACCUGCACCGACCGCGCCCGUCAAGCGGAAGCCUUUGCCAUCGAAGGGGUUUGUCAGCCUUGCGGAUCUGGGGACUGGACCUCGUGGAAGGAAACCUGUUCGUCAGUCGGAAGAAGGCCGUAGACCGUCAGAGCCGAAUGUCGAGAAGGAAGUUCCAGUCAUACCAGAGGUGGACAACCAAAAGCCGACCGUGAGCAAAAUUGAGAACCCCUUCGUGGACGCCCCACCAGUCGAGGCACCAGUUGAAGUGCCAGUUGCAGCUCCAGUCGAGGUGCCAGUCGCAGUGCCAGAGGUGAAAGAAGAGCCACAGAGACAGGAAGCACCUCUUCCUCCACCUCCUCGCAAGAUAUUCGGUCUUCCGUCCAAUCCCCGAGCGCUAUCAAAAACCCAAGUUUCGGAGACACAGAAGCAGGAGAGCAAGCACAUGCGGGGGAAGAGUUCCACAGGGAUGGAUAUCAUGAAGUCCGCGAGCAAUUUCUUCUCUAAGAAGAGCCCUACGACCAACGUUGCUCCUGUCCCCAGUUCCAUCACACCUGGUCCGACUCCCUCCCCCCGAAAGACUGAAUCCAUCCAGACGGGAGCCGCCAUUCAGAAGCCAACGCUCGCGAGCACCAUCCACGCCGCCCUCGUCCAGUCCCCGAUAUCGCCAAUCUCCCCCGAAAGCGAUAGCAUGCGGCCCUUCAGCUACGAAGCACCAAAACCAGCAAAACAGACGUCACUACCGCAACAGCAACAACCGCGACAGCAACACCCUCCAACGCCACCACAGGACAAAGAACCGCUCGAGGAAUCCCCAAUCUCGCCCAUCGAGUCCUCCCGCUUCCCACCACGCACAACCUCCCGACAAGCACCUCCCCCCUCACAAACCACCUCUCAACCCUCGCCCCCUCUCCCUCUCCCCCAACCCUCAACCACCACCACAAUCCCCCCCUUCCCCCUCUCCCAAACCUCAACCUCCUCAUCCUCACCCGACGACGACAACCUCCCCCCCUUCAUCCCCCUAACCCGCCAACCCAUCCCCACCCCGGCCCGCCCCAUCAAACCCUCUCACCUCCACUGCUACACCACCCACGCCACCUUCUCCCGCUACACCGCGCGCUUCCAGCCCCCGACCUGCAUGGUGUGCCUGCACGACCAGCCCGGGUUCCGCGCCACGUGCUCCUGCUGCUUCCUGCAGCUGUGCGCGGACUGCGACAGAGAGCUUGGGAAGACGGCGGGGCGGGAUCUGGCGGCGCUUGUUGGGGUUAGGGGAAAGACUGCUGCGACGACGGAGGGGGUGGAGAGGGGGAGUAAGGCGAGCUUGCCGAGCGUCAUUGUUUCGAAUGAUGAUGAUGAUUUUUCGUGAGAUAUUGUGGCGCUGUUGUGGGCGCGUCGUGGUCUCUUUCGUUUUCUAGGAUCAUAUAUCUCUUUCUCUUGUUCUUUUUUUUAUUUUUUUUUAUACUUCUAUUCACGCAUUGCGGCCGGGGGAACACUUCAUUCAUGAUGGGUACAAGGAGGGG